AUGUGUUGUUCGAGAAAAUAAAAAACUAACACUUAAAGAGAAGAAAUAAAUAAAUUAGGAAAAUUGACAAGACUUACAGAAACGGAAUUGAUAGAAUUAAAAACUAGAUUUGCAAGAAUGUCAUAGGGUUCUAAUUUUGUUACUAAGUUUUAAUUUCGAGAUAAUUUGGGUUUACUUGGCAUGGGUACAAUGCUUCAUUUAUCAGAUAGAAUCUUCCAUAUAAUGGAUGAUGAUAAGGAUGGUAAGGUAUGUUUUUAAAUGAAAUCUAUUUAGAUUCGGUUUGAAGAUUUUGCUUUGUAUUUUGAUAAAGUAAGUCAUGGAGAUGCUAGAGAAAAGGCAGAGAUAAGUUUUAAGUUGAUUGAUAAGAACAAGGUUGGAAGCUUCACAUCUGCUGAAUUUAAUGAUACAAUGUAAGGAGUGAUUAAUAGUUGGAUAGCCAUGACUGGAUAAAAUUUAACCAGCGAAACUAAGAAAUAGAUUGAUAAAAGAAUCAAAUUAAUUUUCUAAACUAUGGAUGUUGACAAAGCUGAUAAAGUUACAUUAUAACAAUAUCAGGAUUCUGUAGUGGCAGAUCCAGCACUCUUAGAAAUAUUUGACUUUGCUAGAAGAGGUGUUACACUUGAAACUAUAGAUUUUAGUAUUUAACAAUAAGCUAGAUAUGUAUAAAACAUAGAAAAAAAGCUAGAUCAAUUACUAGAAUUUAUGAAAUAGGAUAAUAAAAAAUAAGAUAAAGAACUUCCUCAUUUUGUUUAAGGAACUACUGAAUAAGAAUAAAAAUUAAGAAAUAGUUAAGUUGAAAAUCUUCAUUCUCCAAUUGUUAGUCUAUUUAAAUAUGAGAGUGAGGAAAAUAAUCAUAAUAAUAAUAAUAUUAAUAANAAAUUAAUUCAUAUAUUUUGA